CGAGAACCUUCGCAACGGUCAAGAGAAGAUCUUGGCGUUGGUUUGAACAAACAUUGGGACAGACAACCACAAACCAACAAUAGCAAAGCAACAACCAUGUCGAAGAAGGGCCGAUCCGCCGAAAAGAAGAAGCAAAAGAAGCAGAAUGCCAAGGAGGAGGACGACGUCAAGAACAAGAAGAAGGAAGAUGACGGGAGCAAACUGAAAAGGAAGGAGCAGGAGCUACGCGCAAGGCGCCUAAAAGUGACUCCUCGUCAGUUUUUGGGACACUUGUUUCUGUUGGGGAUUGCCUUUGGUGUCAUCCUCUUGGGCAUGUACUUGCAGCAACCAAUCGUCUGGGCUCCUGGUACCAAGGGUGGUCUUCGUGGCGAAUUGCCCAUUGAUACGAUGGAACAAGCGCAUGCAUUUGCCGACAUGUCCAUUACCGAAGCGGACAAAUUGUGGGACGAGCCGUCUUCCAAUUGGAGAACCAUUUACGACAACCAGCAACCUCUCUCGGUCGAAUGCCGCAGUGUGACACAAGGUCCAUACGAGCUCUCCUCUGUCUUGGUGGCCAGAGCCAAGGGUGCCAUAAGAGCUUCUUCGGCGGACCAGGUCUACGAGUUCUUGUCGUCUCCGGAAGGACUCUCACUGAUAUUGAAUGCCAUGGGCCAAAGCAACAAUCGAACCUAUCAAACUAUUGAGACAAUCCCGGAAUGGAGAGAAGGUGCCUCUACUGAGAUUGCCGAAAUCACACUACCAGGUUUGGGACCAAUACUGAGCGAUAGACACUUGGUCGUACAGACUUCCAGAAUACCAGAGGACAGAAUAUUGGUCACCAAAUCUGUGCUACACAAAUCACGCCCUGGAGCAAGCAGUUUCUACAAACGGAACGUGGAGAGCAGCAGUAGCAACAGCGUCAGAGCCGUCACUUCAUUUGCCAUCAAGGUCAACGAGGAAACAACGUUGAAGAAUGGACAAGACGUAGUAGAGAUCAGAUUUAUUAGUUAUGUGAAUCUGUUUCUCACGGAAGGCAUUAUGAGCUACAUUUCGUGCCAGUGGUUGUUCCCCAGCGUCUUUCAAAAGCUGCAAGAGAGGUUUGAGGGCCAACAAUGAAGUAUAUAAGAAAGGUCAAGUAAGUAGUUUUGUAAUACAUCGCACAUGCCCUGUUUCAUAAUAACAUAAAGGAAAAUUUUGGUUACGC